UCGGCAGACUGCAACUCAUCUGACUUUUUCCAUUCGACCAUUCCACAGCCACAACCCAUUUCCUACCCUUCUAAUUUUCUAUCGCUUCCCCAACUCCCCAAGCCCUAGCUCAGGCACUCAGCCGACAGAAGAAGAGACACGGAGACAGUCGAGUAGUCUCCGGUCUCCGACAAUUUACUCAGCCGACAACUGCCGAUUUCGGACACCGGAAGACUUCGCGUCUCCUCUCCGGUCUCCGCCUCCACCCUUGCCGACGACGAAGCUGCUUCCCGGCCUCCGCCUCAGCCCCUGCCGAGGAUCUAGUGCUCUCAAACUCUCUAGUCUUUUAACUUGUCCAAUGCCGCUAAAAAUGGGUUCUUGUAAAUAUUUCUUCAAUUUUAAGGAUGUGGUUAAACUUAAAAGAUUUUGGGAGCUAGGAAGUAUUCACGAUCGCGAUUUCUUUGUAUAAUUUGAGGUUGUGUCAGCAGACGUGGUAUACGACCAACGGUUGCACGAUAUGGACCAACGGGGUUGUGGAUGGGUACCGCACAUGGUACUACAUGCGCGGUCACGGUCCCGCACAUGGUACUACAUGCGCGGUCACGGUCGACGGGUAAUCCAACGCAUUAUAGUAACCAGGGAUUCGUGCAGUGUGCAGCAUCACUCACUGAAUGAUGCGAUGCAUGCUUUCAACCGGUUGAGGUUAGAUUCCGGGCAAGUCCUCGACAAUCCUAACGCCGAUCGCGAUGCAUUCAUUAGGGAUGUUCAGCAGCGGAGUACUGAUAUGUUGAUCAAUACUGAGUACGAGUUCCUAUUCCACGUGGCGCUGCAGCAAUACUUUGGAGACCCGAUGUUGGAUGAACCAUUUGGCCCCCCGAUGCCGGAUGAACCAUUUGGCCCUCGGCGUCAUCGAGACAGGCCCAACAUGCGUGGUGGUCCAACAAUUGGUGGUCUAGCUAGGCGCGCCGUGAAUCAACAAUUACAGGCGGAAUUGGUUGCAGCUGCUGCUGCUCAAAAACAGGCGGAGGCGGAGGAAGAGACUUUCUUAUGAGAAUUCAAAUUCAAAAUUUGCUUUGUAGUAAUUAUUUUUUAAUGCUUCCGUUUGCUUUGUUACUUGUAAAACCAAACAACGUAUUGAAAAUCAAAAUAAC